AUCUUUCAGAAUGAUCGUCUUAUGAUAGGACAAUAUGUGACCACAUUUGGUGACGUUAUUAGCCACGUCAAUAUAUCAGCUGUUAAAUCAGAGGACGGAGGAGAAUAUGAGUGUAAGGCGACUUCUAGGGCUGGUGCUGUUGCGCAUUCUGCAAGAUUAAAUAUAUAUGGUAUGCCGUAUGUAAGACAUAUGCCAAAAAUAUCAGCUGUCGCUGGAAAAGUUUUUACUUUAAAAUGCCCUGUUGCUGGAUAUCCAAUAGAAAAUGUGUUUAUAGAAAAAGAUGGUAUUAGAUUGCCAAUCAACAUGUGACAGCGGGUCCAAAACGGAACUCUUGUGAUAGAUAAUGUACAACGAGCUUCCGAUCAGGGUACAUACACAUGUAUAGCACGCAAUAAGCACAACUAUACUGCGCAGCGAUCUGUAGAUGUUAAAGUAUUGGUGCCACCGCGUAUAUCUCCUUUUGCGUUUGAAGAUGAAAUUACUGAAGGUAUGCGGACACAGAUAAUGUGCUCCAGUAGCCAAGGAGAUCAACCUUUUAAUAUAACUUGGUACAGAAACAAUGUGACAAUUCAGAGUAAUUCAGGCGUUCGAAUGGGCAAACAGCUAACCAUGGCGACUAAGCAAGGCGAAUUUCUACCUCCGGAUCCGUCGUUAACAAUCAAUCAUUAUACCCCAUUUUCCAGCAUAUUGUCCAUUCACAACGUCUCUUCGUGGCACAAUGGUAACUACACUUGCAGUGUGGCAAAUCACGCUGGCAUUGUUGAAUAUACCGCCGUUCUUUCGGUUUCGGUUCCUCCACGUUGGACUUUGAAACCUACUGAUCAAGAUGCAAUCCUGGGAAAUUCAGUGAUAGUAUCGUGUAAGGCUGAUGGAUUCCCCAUACCAACCAUUCAGUGGAAGCAGUCCAUAGGCGACUCAGGGGAUUAUCGUGAUCUUAGCUAUGCUAUAAACAAUGGAAACUCACAAUCAAAUAUUAUGGCGCAUUCGAAUGGAUCUCUCAUGAUAUCCAAGGUUGCUCGUGAGCAUGAGGGCAGCUAUUUGUGUCAAGCAACCAAUGGAAUAGGUGCGGGCCUAAGUACCUUGAUUAAGUUGACUGUUCAUGUUGGCCCUACAGUUACCGUAGCGAAAAAUCAGUUAUCGAUUCGACGUGGAGAACGCAUUACAUUGCGCUGCGAGGCAACUGGAGAUCAGCCCUUACAAAUAUCAUGGAGAUCGAAAGCAAAUCGUAUUGAUCCAUCCUAUGAUAUUCGUUAUCAUAUAAAGAACUCGCCCUUAGCUCGUGGUGUAUCGUCAGAGUUGACUAUUUUACAAACGGUCUUAACUGAUAGAGGGGAAUAUACUUGCAUAGCCAGCAACGCCUAUGGGCGUGAUCGAAGUGUUAUACAUGUUCAAGUUCAGGAACCUCCAAAUUUCCCAGUUAACUUGCAUGUCAGAGAUCUUGGAAGCCGAUCAGUAACAUUGGCGUGGUCUCCAAAUGACCAAGAUUCAAUAAUAUUGGGAGGAGGCGGUGGUAAUAACCGGGAUGCACAACCAAUAUCAAAUUAUAUUUUGCAAUACAAAAAAGCUGGAGAUGUUUGGCAUGAGCACAAUAAUCAAAAGCUGCUUCCCGGUGAUAGAACAACGGCUCAGCUAGGAUCUCUUCGACCGGCGCAAGUGUAUCAUAUAAGAUUGUUUGCAGAAAAUCAUCUAGGCACCAGUGCUCCAAGUGAUAUUUUAUUUGUGCAAACUGAUUCAGAAGUUCCGUCUGCCCCACCGCAAGAUGUGACUGUUGAGCCGCUGGGACCACAACAGUUACUGAUUACAUGGCGAGCACCUGUACGUGAUUCGUGGAAUGGAGAACUAUUAGGUUAUACAAUUUCAUACCAGAAGCAGGGAUCUCCAGAAAAUGAGAAAAAUCACACCAAGGUCGGAAGUUUGACUACAGAGGGCUUGAAUGAUUUCCGUUUGAUUGGAUUGGAGAAAUAUACUCAGUAUGGAAUUACUGUAUCAGCAUUUAAUAUAAAAGGGGACGGUCCCCCGAGUGAUGUGGUAUUAGGUCACACUUUAGAAGACGUUCCCUCAGCAUCUCCUCGGUCAGUAUCAUGCGUUGCGCUCACUGCCCAAAAUAUUCAAAUAUCGUGGCAGGCACCCCCAAAGAAACUAUGCCAUGGAGUUAUUCAAGGCUAUAAAUUGCUUUAUGAGCCAGGACUUUUAGAAAGUGAAUACAGCGUUCGGGAGACAAAGAUAACAUCGGCUCUUAGUACAGUGCUUCACGGAUUGCAACCGUUCACAAAUUAUAGUGUUCAAGUAUUAGCAUUUACUCGAGCUGGUGAAGGCAUUCCCAGUUCACCUGUAUCAUGCAUUACGGAGGAAGCAGUUCCUGAUGCGCCGGAGCUUGUCAAAGCUGCAGUGAACACAGAAUCUUCAGUGAUUAUUAGCUGGCUACCUCCUCGACGUCCCAAUGGAUUAAUUACUAAGUACAAUGUUUACAUACGAGUUCUUGAAAAGGGUCAGGAGCUGAAAAUCCUUAAAGAAGUUUUGCCAGCACAUAAUAGGCAUUUUGAAGCAAAAGACUUAAAUUUUCGAGAAACAUAUGAAGCUUGGGUCACAGCAUCAACAAGGGUGGGUCAGGGCCCAAGUACUCCAGUGAUUAAGCUAGUGCCCAGCACAACAAUACCAGCUGCAAUAAUAUCAUUUAGUCAAACUCUGUUCGUAAAUUGGAGGUCAGAUAUUAAGCUAGCAUGUGUUUUUGUGGGAAAUCCCAAGUCAAGUGCCGAAUGGAAAAUUCUCAAUAUUCGAUCCAAAAAGCAUUUUCCGCUCGAAGUUAACUCGGAGAAUACGUUAACACUACGUAAUAUCCAACGGUCGCAUGAAGGCAAUUAUUCAUGUAUUGUUAGAAAUCCAAUGGGCUCAGAUCAUAUUGUUUAUCAACUAUUUGUACAAGUUCCGCCUUCCGCUCCUAUUGUGUCCGUAAAUUCAGCUCACAAGAAUUCAGUAUCCAUUCAGUGGAGAGUCGACGAUAUUGGUGGUGCUCCAAUUAAAGGAUUUACUUUGACCUAUAGACGAGAGUCCGCCGAAUGGGAUGAGUUACAAAUUGAUCGCCGAAUUACUUCAUAUAUGAUUGAAAACCUUCAAUGCGGCACUAAAUAUCAAUUCACAAUGACUUGUUUCAAUAAAAUUGGCACCAGCGUAGCUAGUGCUAUCGUCUCAGCGCAGACAAAAGGAAAUAAGCCAAUAGCACCGCAAAGGAACAGCUUCAUACGUUCGAAUACAACAUCAGUUAUCCUAGAUUUGUCCUCUUGGCAAGACGGUGGAUGCCCAAUACUUUAUUUUAGUAUUGAAUUUAAACACUAUAAGACUUCUAGUGAAUGGAUUAUCGUUUCAAAUAAAAUUGAAACACAUAAUCGUUAUAGUAUUGGAGACCUAGAGCCAGGCACUGCUUAUCAGCUACGUGUUACGGCGAACAACAAUGCUGGAUCCACGACAAAGGAGUUUUAUUUUGAAACACAGAAUUUGCUUGGAUUAGCCGGUAGCUCGGAGUUUGAUGCGAUGCCCGAAGAACAAACUGUUUUCAGUGAUGUUCACUUUAUAGCUGUUAUCAUAACAUCAAUAUUUGGAACAAUUCUUGCAUUAAUAGGAGCUUUUAUCUGCUUUAGAAAUUAUCCUCAUACUUUGUUUACACGUAAUGUUGAUUCAUUAAGGCCACAAAGUAGUGCUACAGAUGGAAAGGAUAUUCAAAGUCAUGAACACUUUUAUGGUACAGUACGCAAAUCUUGCCAGCAAACCCCGAAUGAAGCGGUUGCUGGACUUGAGCGCAUACCCGAAUACUCAGAAGACAUAUAUCCUUACGCUACAUUUCAUUUACCAGAACAUGAAAACCAGUCCGGGAAUAUUCCUUUGAGCUACACAGGAAGUUCAUUAAAGUACGAUUCUCGCUGUGAGGAUGAAAAUACUUUAUGUAGCUCGGGGUCGAAAGGAAUGCGCCCUGUAUCAACGAAUAUAAGUGGAAUCAACUCAAAUGUCAAACUUCCUAAUAUGAUGACAGUUGAUGACAGCAACAAUAUAACUACAGAAAAACGAUCAAAGCGACGAUCGAAAAUUAUAAAGUCCGAGUCGGAGGAGUACGAUAGCUUAAAUAGUGAUAGUGACCUAAGUGGGGAGCGAGAACAAGUCCGUGAUGAAAAUCGUUCAAGCAACCGUGAAACUUCAAGUUUUAUUGAGGACGAAGGGACUACAGCACAUGGAAGAAAAAUCAGAAAUGACGACGGAAUUGGUAAAGAAAGGUCUUCUGUAUUUAGUAGACCUCAACUGCAUAGUAACGCCUUGGACAACGUACCCAUCAACUAUAGGUUCUUUGACCCGGGCACAAACCAACAACGCAAAUCAACGCACCAUUGUGAUUCCCAGCGGAAAGUUCUCACAAUUAAAUCUGCCAAAGCUGCAAUCCAAUGUCCAGAUAUGUCCAGAAGUGUACCCAGUUGUCAGCGACUCAAAAGUGCCGAUAGUGGUGUCAACUGCGGCACCCUUAAGCGCGAUUGUGGGGAAGCCAAGAUUAUUUCCCGACAAACUGUACAAUCGGACUCAUGCAAUGAAAAACUAAAGCUACGUGAGUCGGAUGAAUUCGGUUAUAGACAAAAAUUUGUUGAUACGAAUAAAGAGCUAUUUGCACCAAGUGAGGGUGACCAUUUUGACUUCUCAACUCAUCGGCGAAAUAUUUAUAGCAUUGAAUCUGUCUCAGAUUCAUUAGGAAUAACGAAUAGCUCACAUGAUUACAAUUGCAUGGAUACUUUAAGUAACACUGAAACAUUAGCUAUCGGUUCAACUAUGAGUGACCAUAAAUUUCAGAUGGAAAACACUGAGAGUCUAUCAAAGCCAAGCUUAACAAAAAUCACAAAAGCAGAGCAAUUAGAUUACAUUCUUACUGAAAAGCGUGUUAGUCCACCAUCUGCUUUUGUUGAUAGAGUUGGUUAAAUGUAAUUAGAUAAGAUUGAAUAUGAAUACUGCAUUUAUUAAACUAAAGUAAUUAGUAGAUCAAACUUUGCUCUCAACAGCAUAAUAGGUAAUUAAUACUAAAUGUAAAUACCUUAUAACAUAGUCUAAUUAUAGUAACAAAAUCAUUUUAAA